AACUAGUGCUCUUUCUAAAAGUUAACAGAAAUAUUGAUUUUAGAAAAACCCGAGGGUAAUGGCAGUUUUAAUAUUUCAAAAAAUUAACAGGGAGAGUCUCGGUUUUUCCUAUUAAACAGAGACAUUUGGCAGGGAGUCUAGAAGAUAAGCUCCGGAAAUUCAUUUCCAGCACACCACUAUUAUUGAAAGGAAAAAAAAAAAAAAAAAAAAAUCUCUUCCUCCAAUGGAUUCCACCGUUACCAAGGAGGUGGCUACGGAGCUUCUCCCAAUCAUCAGAGUCUACAAAGAUGGCACCGUCGAGCGACUUAUGGCCUCCCCCAUAGUUCCACCAUUUCCGGAAGGAGACCCACAAACUGGAGUCUUAUCCAAAGACAUAAGCUUCAGCAUCACCCCAGACUCCAGUAUCUCCGCCAGACUCUACCUCCCAAAACUCCCGGACCAGCAAUCCCAUAAGCUACCUAUCUUAGUCUACUUCCAUGGCGGCGGAUUCUGUAUCGAAUCCGCCUCCUCCUUCCUCGUCCACCGCUACCUCAACAUCUUGGUCUCCCAAGCUAAAGUGGUUGUUGUGUCCGUUGAUUACAGGCUCGCUCCUGAGCACCUUCUACCCAUCGCCUAUGACGACUGCUGGGAUGCUCUCAAUUGGGUCGCGUCACACUCCGCCAGAGACGCGACCGAUAAAGAACCGUGGCUGCUGGAAUAUGGCGACUUCGAACGACUCUUCAUUGGCGGCGACAGUUCUGGAGGCAACAUCGUUCAUAACAUGGCCAUACGAGGCGGGGUUAGAAUUUCAGGAGCGUUUCUGGUGGACCCCUAUUUUUGGGGUUCAAAGCCAAUCGGGUCCGAGCCGAAGGAAGGACAUGAAGAGAGUUUACUUUCUCGGCUAUGGAAGUUAGCGUGUCCGUCUGGUGGGCUGGAUGAUCCACUGAUCAAUCCGGUAGGUCCCGGAGCGCCUAGUUUGGCGGGGCUCGGGUGCUCUCGGAUGCUUGUUUGUGUUGCUGAGAAGGAUAUACUGAGGGACAGAGGGAUUGCGUACAUUGAUGCAGUGAGAACAAGUGGGUGGGAAGGAGAUGUGGAUCUGUUCGAAGCUGAGGGAGAGAACCAUGGUCAUCAUAUCUUCUAUCCAGAAACUGACAAAGCCAAGGAAAUGUUCCAACGCUUGGCUUCUUUUCUAAACCACUGAAAUUUCUCUCUUCUUUUCUGAAUUUCAAUGUGCAAUAUCAACUCAAGAAAUAAGAGCUUCCUUCCAUGUAUCUCAAUUUCUAUUUGAGUGAAAUGAACAUGAUGUUUGUA